GAGUGGGUAGAGAGGAGAAACAGGACUGAGCCAGAGUAGAAAGAUCUUAGAAGGAAAACACACUGAGUGAUCCAGCCUAUUCUCUUCCAAGAUCUUGUCCUAGAUCUCAUCUCCUUCACAGCAAGGACUGGCAACAGCAGUGACUGCAGGGCCACUUGACUGUGAUCUCAGCGUCAGCCACACAAGGUCUGAAGAGCACCCCACCAGAAGAAACACCUCUCUUUUCUUGAGAAUCUUGAACUUUGUGUUGGAGAGGAUAAAAUGAAGAGACAAUGAUCAGGAUAGGAGGAAAGCAUGAAUCUUGACUGAAAGUGAAGUAGGAAGCAGAAAAGACUGCUUAGAAUGGAACCCUGGAACUCCACCUUGGAAAGUGGAUUCAUCUUGUUGGGGAUUCUGGAUGGCAGUGGCUCUCCCGAACUGCUCUGUGCCACAGUUACAACCCUGUACAUGUUGGCACUGAUCAGCAAUGGACUGCUACUACUGGUCAUCACAGUGGAUGCCCGACUUCAUGUCCCCAUGUACCUCCUACUGAGGCAGCUGUCUCUCAUUGACCUCCUCUUCACAUCAGUUGUCACCCCCAAGGCCAUCAUGGAUUUUCUGCUCAGAGACAACACCAUAUCCUUUGAGGGAUGUGCCCUUCAAUUGUUCUCAGCAAUGACAUUGGGUGGUGCAGAGGACCUCCUUCUGGCCUUCAUGGCCUAUGAUAGGUAUGUGGCCAUUUGCCAUCCUCUAAACUACAUGAUCUUCAUGAGUCCAAAAGCCUGCUGGCUCAUGGUGGCCACGUCAUGGAUCCUGGCAUCCCUUAGUGCACUAGGUCACACAGUGUACACAAUGCACUUCCCUUUCUGCAUGUCCCAGGAAAUCAGACACCUGCUUUGUGAGGUUCCUCCAUUGUUGAAAUUGGCUUGUGCAGACACAUCUCAAUAUGAGCUCAUGGUUUAUGUGACAGGAGUGAUAUUCCUUUUGCUCCCCCUCUCCGCCAUUGUUACCUCCUACUCACUAAUUCUAUUCACUGUGCUGCACAUGCCUUCAAAUGAGGGCAGGAAGAAAGCCCUUGUCACCUGUUCCUCCCACUUGACUGUGGUUGGGAUGUUCUAUGGGGGUGCCACUUUCAUGUAUGUGCUUCCCAGUUCCUUCCACAGUCCUAAGCAAGACAAUAUCAUCUCUGUGUUCUAUACGAUUGUCACACCAGCUCUGAACCCCCUCAUUUACAGCCUGAGGAAUAAGGAGGUGAUCGGAGCUGUUAGAAGAGUGCUGGGGAGACACAUUCUGCCAGCACACUCCACUGUUUAGGAUGAUUCAUCCUAUUACCUCUCACUAUUCCUUGUUUAAACAAAUUGCUAUUUCAAUUAUUCUUUAAUGUUUUUCUCUGACUUAAAUGACAUAUAAACUAUUAUGCAUUCAC